UCGAAUUCAAAUUCAGUUGAAAUUCAGAGGCUUAACUGACAAGAUGUCCACCUCCGCAGAUAGUGUUUUCGUUGCUCGUUCCGCUGGUAUAUCCGCCGAGGGAGUGCCUGAUCAAUAUGCCGACGGAAAGGCUGCGAAAGUUUGGGAAAUAUUUAUUGGUGAUAAAAAUUCACGAACAGAAAAUUAUAAGAACUUUUUAGUUGACUUACUUCGAUCGAAGGGUUGUAAGAGAGUCCUUGAUGUGGCAUGCGGUACAGGCGUGGAUUCGAUUAUGCUAGUUGAGGAAGGCUACGAAGUGGUUUCAGUGGACGCCUCUGACAAAAUGUUGAAAUAUGCUUUGAAGGAGCGUUGGGAUCGCCGCAAAGAACCAGCGUUCGACAAGUGGAUUAUAGAAGAAGCUAACUGGCUAACUCUGUACGAUGAUAUAAAGCCUAUUGUUGGGGAAGGAUUUGACGCUGUUAUCUGCUUAGGAAAUUCUUUCGCCCAUCUUAUGGAUAGUAGCGGAGAUCAACGCGAACAUAAGCUGGCCAUAAGAAACUUCGAAAAGUGUCUCAAACAUGGUGGCAUUCUAAUUAUUGAUCAUCGCAACUACGACAACAUUCUGGAGACGGGAGAGACGCCAGCCAAAAGUAUUUACUAUAAUACAAGUCAUACUGCUGACAUUAAAACUUCGGUGCUUUUCUACUGUGGAAAACCUGCCAUGGUUACAUUGGAUUACCACAUUGUGGGAAAUAAUUUGAGCAGCGAUUUUCGCCUAUCCUACCACCCACAUCCCCUGCAAAAUUUUACAAAAAUAUUGAAAGAAAUUUUUGGAGAAAAAUCUAAGCACAAAUUAUACGGCGACUUCAAAGAAAUACAUAUGGAGAAGAGACCAGCAUUUUACAUACACCUUGUUGAGAAGCAGUAAACAACUGGAAAUAACUAUUAUAGUCUGCUGUUUACUUUUGUAUUUCGUAAAUAUUUUGAAGAAAAUGUUUUUUAGGUCUUGACCCAAUCGAUAGACGUAAGACGAAGCAUUUCAGUUUCAUUUAAUUUUUGAAGUGCACAAUUAGCAAAUAAGUAAUUUUUUCAACUAAAAAAGUUAUGUAACAAAUGCGGAAGAUUUGUUUAAGUGUAUAUGUGAAUAUCGUAUGAGAUAAAUUUAAGUAAAAUGAAUUAUCAAAAUGUACAAAAAUGCAAAAAUUAAGUAGCAUUAAAAGCGAAAGUCUGUCAAAAUUGGCAUAUGUAUUAUGUAUGUACAUAAGUCAAUAUAAGUUUAAGUAUAUGAACAGAUUACUUUCAUAAUGAUUUGGCAAACCAUGAACAAAACUCGCUCUCGUUAAAGAAGUCGUUGCUUAACACAAUACUCACAUGUAAUUUUUUUAUCGCAUUUAAAAUAUGGCAUUGUAAAAUAUUUUAUCGCAUAUAAGUACAGAGUUCACCAUGCGUUCUCACAUUAGUUGUAUUCUUUAGAAAUGCACCUUAGUUGUAAUGCACAGAGAGGUGCAAUUUUGAGCGGCUAAAUCUCAGUGUUGGUGCAUGUGUACGAAGUGCAGAGAUCAAUUAUUAAUUUUGUAUGAUUUUUUCGGUGAACUUAAAAGUCAUGUUUGCAAGAACGGCUGGAAGGCACAUGACGUGAAACAGUAACUUCGUCGUAUUCGAAAAUCCCUAGGGAAAUUAACACAACACACCCCAACGUGUUUGCUCCUGCGUUCACCCAAAACUACAACGAAAUGCUGAAAAAUUAUCUUAUUUUUAAAAACAUUGAUUUAAAAUCAUAAUUGUAAAUGUAAUUUAACUAAAGUGUAUAUUUAAUAAAUAUUAAUAAUAAAUUUAAUAUUCAAUA